AUGUCGACCUCCGCGCCACCGCCUACGAGAUCUUCAUCCUCAAAAACCUCUCCUCCGCCUAAUCUGGAAAUCGCCAUUGCUGCUCUCGAGAUUUCUCGAAGAGGAAAUCACAGGCGGUCUAGAAAUCGGAGCGAGCGAGCCUGCCGCUGCUCGAGCUACCUCCGCGCCGAUCUAUUCUCUCCGAUCGGAGAUGGCGCUAGGGCUUCAGACUGCCGUCCCUCUUUCUCAUCUCCUCCGGCGACCACAACUCCUGCUACAGCCGCCGCCCUCAACAAUUCUCCCUCUCUGCUCGAGCUCCAGCGCCUGAGCCCUAGUUCCCUUGGGGGAGUGACAGCCGUCAUGAACUAUCUUGCUGAAUUCCCCCACAUUUAUGACGAGGUUUUGAAAGAACAAAUGGCGAUUGCGAAAACAAAAGGGCCUAAUGAUCUGCUGACAUGGGAAGAUAUCGAGAAGAUGAAGUACUCGUGGAACGUUGCGCGUGAAUCACUGAGGCUAACUCCGCCUGUACAAGGAGCAUUCAGACAAACCACGACCGAGUUCACUUAUGCAGGUUUCACUAUUCCUAAAGGAUGGAAGACAUUCUGGACGGUGCAUUCGUCUCACAAGAAUCCCAAGUACUUCCCGGAGCCAGAGAAGUUUGAUCUAUCGCGGUUUGAGGGGAGUGGGCUGGCGCCUUACACGUUCGUUCCGUUUGGAGGAGGGGCGAGGAUGUGCCCGGGGAAGGAGUAUGCUAGGCUUGAAGUGUUGGUUUUCAUGCAGUCGCCCUCACCCCUACCCUUAUUUCUCUCCGUCCGUGACCGAACAGCAACGGCAGCGCCGCCGCGUCCUGGCCUUCCUCUGCUCUCUCAACCUCCAGCACCAACAACGGCUCUAGAUCCUCUCCACCCGAUCCAGAG